AUGGACGACGAAGAGGCUAUCUGGGGCACCCUCUCAACCGAGGAGCACCGUUCGGUCUGGGAGGAGACGGAGGCAAAUUUCUGGGCCAAGUUUGCCCUGGAGCAGAAGGAGUGGCGCUCCGAGCAGGAGCUAGAUUUCAACGAAGCCAGCGUCGAACUUCGCGCUGAGCUUACCAGCCUUACUGGCCAGCGGAAGCAGCUUACCGAGACCCAGGAGAGACUCAACGCGCAGCUGGCCAAGGUGGCAGGUGAUCUGAGGAAUGUGGUUGAGCAAUGCGACGCCAGGACACAUGAACUGUCCGAGUUGGAUCAGGCUUAUCGCAAGAGACUUGAGGAACAGUCGGAGAAAUGGGAAGUCCAGCGGUCAACUAUGCAGCGGUUCUUCAAGGAGAAGCACGGCGGGUCGGUUCACAGCGAUGAUGAGGAAGACGAGGAAGACGAAGAGGAGGCAGAGGAUGAACCCAUGGUUGAUCUACCUGUUACCGUGCAGCAGACAAUUAUCCCCAGGAACCCCAAGAUCAAGGAGUUCAGGGAAAGUGGGAAGAGGAGCCCCAAGCCAAUACCGAUGGUGGAGCACCGUGAAAAGAGGAGGAAGCACACCGAACCUUUGGUCAAUGUGAUUGAUAUCACCGGUCGCGUCAUUGGUCCUGUGGAGCUCAUCGAGCCAUGGAAUAAAUGGGUGAAGGAAAUUCUCAAACUCCCCAUCCGGCGCCCUGUCACCAUCCGCCCGGGACGGCGCUUCACCGAUGAGCACUUGUCGACCAUCUACGAGCGUAGCGAGUCCAAGGGAGUUAAGUGGCUCUCGUGCAUGAUCCAGGCGAUUGGACAGAUUCAGUCCAAGAGGUGUGCGUCCUGUGAAAAGAACCAGGGUGUCUUCCAGCAGUGCAUCAUUGUCGGCGGCGAACUCUUACAGAAAUGCGGCAACUGUGAAUGGAAUAGGCAGGGAUGCCAUGGCGCCUCUGGCGAGGGCAUCGAUUUCAAGGAGGCUGCUGAGCGCAUGGAGGAGAUUCAGAAGGCUAGGGCGGAGCAGAAGCUUCCGGCCUCCCCCGAAUAUCCAAGAGACGAGGCUGAUAACAACAGACGCCUAGCCACCCAUCUGAAGGCCAUGUUCCCAGAGAGAGAAAAGCUAGAGAGAGAAAAGCUAGAGUCCAACGGGACCAGUGAAAGAAGACUAGAACCAAAGCCGCCUUUUGAAGGGCCCCCGGUGGAGGUGGAAAGCCUCGCCAACCCUGCUUGGCAAACAAUUCGAAUGAAAACAUCUGACGCACUGUUAAUCAAUGGGUCUACACCAUCCAGGAUUCUACCUGGCGGCUCUUCGCCGACCCUGAUCAGGACCCCUCUGGCUCCGGCACCUAGGGUUCCCCUCCCAUCAUCUGGUUUCACACCUGCAAACCCUCACAGCCGACCAUCAUCAAGGCCACCUUCGAGACCACCUUCAAACGAUACAUCGACACCAAAGGGAGGAUCACUCGAACCGUCGCCCCAGGCGUCACCUCACCUGCCAUCAUUGCUCCCUGCUGGCCCGAGACCUAUUUACCCGCCCGAGCCGCUGGAAGAAAUCAAUAAGGACAACCUAGUUUUGCGCCACAACGGCGAGGUGUACACACACCCCGAUUGCAUGGUUGGUGUCCCAGUGGCGAAAAUUGACUGGAACCAUCCCUAUUGGGAUCGAACGUGGAAGGACAUCCGGGCAGAAGUGCAGGACUCGCGGGAACGAUGGGUACAAAAGCAAAAGGCUAUUCACCUGGCCGAAGCACGCAAGGAGGCGUGUGGGUCAUCCAAAUACCAAGCCGGCCGACAAAUCAACCGCGGUACCAAGAUCCUCGAGUUUCUCGACGAGGGCGAAAUCAGCCCCUAUCAGCUCCUGGCGAAGAAGCAUAUGCACGCUAGUAAGGGAGGCAUUGCGUCUUACGACACCCUGUUCCGACUUUGCGACACGGUCUCGGAGCUCCAGAAGUACAAUCUUGACAUCACGCCUUUGGAAUGGAUCCGGCAUCGACUGCAUGAACUUAUACAGGCUGAGGGCAAGUCGUUCAACCUACCUCGGACGAUGCAUGAUUUCUACCAUGACCCGAAGCUAAGUGCUCUGCGAACCAAGCACGGCUACAAGAAUAUAGGGCGCCCGUCUGCCGCAAAGACUGGCCGUUCGAGCCUGGGCGCUACGACUCCUAGCGGCACACCACAGCCUCUGAAGAAGCGCAAGAGCAUGUUGCUCGAUUCCGAGAUCACACCGGCUUCUUCCCGAGUCGCAUCUCCCACCCCAUCGUCCCAUGGCGGGGGACCUCGGAUUCACGAUUUGCUGAAUAGCCCCAAUGGCCCAGCUGUCAAGCGUCCUCGUACCCAGGAAGACUCUGUGGGCUUCAACGAGAAGCGGCCGUCUCCAGUCAUUGACAUGACCCCCAGCAAAGCCCUGUUAGGAGAUGAAACAUUCUUUAUCUCAAGAGUCAGGGAGUCUGGAUACGAAUCACCACCCCACUUCCAUCUCUUCUGGAAGUUCCACCCCAUCCAAAGGUCGCUGCAACUUUGCGGUCUUCCAAAUGACAACAACAUCGUUCAGCUUCACCAACUCACUGCGGGAGUGUCGUUGAAUGAUAUUAUGAGUGUCAGGUGGAGUCCAGAGUCGCUUUGCAUUGUGAUAAUGCGAAAGGUGGAGCUUUUCAAUCCGCCCACCUUUGCGAAGACGCUCUGCUCAUUCCACGAGAAGGGCGCUCUUGACCGCUUCCUCGAUUUUUGCAAGGCUCAACGCCUCAACCUAAUUGCCUAUUCUAGAGCCGAAGUAGAGGCAGACUGGCCAAAGGCUUAG